CCACAUCUGCUUCUCAGACAUCUCCAGGACCAGUGUGGAGCCUGUCAGAUCCUCUCCCCUUGAGCCUUCUCUCAGCCUCUUCCCACGGGCUUACAAAGACUUAUUCCAAGCAGACACAGGAUAGGGGAAUCUUCAGAUUCCAGUGGGGCGGAACCGAGCUUUCCUCCUCCUGCCCUAUGAGGUUGGACAACGCUGCAGCUGCUACCUUGGCUAGUUUCAGUUUCAUUUCCUAGUUUGAAUAUUAAAGGAAACUGAACCGUGCUGAGUCUCAGAAGGACCAUGGAAGAGGAUCUCCAACUCUGCACAAACUGUGAAAAGAAGGUGCCCUCGGCCUACUUCUUCCUCCAUGAGGCCCACUGUCUGAGGUUUCGAGCCAUCUGUCCAGAAUGCAAGGAGGUCAUCCUGAAAGAAGAGUUAAAGGACCACCAAGAGAAUGGACACAAGCAGGUCCAGUGCAGUCUGUGUCUACAAAGCAUGCAGAAACAUCUGCUAGAAGCUCAUGAGGCUGAGUGUCCUGAGCGCCUCAUCCCUUGUGAAUUCUGUGAACUGGCAGUGCCACUCAGCCACCUGGAAGAGCAUGAGACCAGCUGUGGCAGCCAGACAGCGCCCUCCCUCACCCGUCAGCAGCCUGUCCUCCCUGCACAGCCGGCCAGCCAGGAAGCCCACUGCAUGGACAAGUCUAAAAAGUCCAGGAAAGCUCCCAGAAAGAAAGUUAGCUGCCCAAAGUGCCCAGAAGACAAUCCAGAAGCAAAGUUUUCCCAGCAUUGGGAUGAAUGCCACAGGUUCAGGGGGCUGAUGAAAUCCUUUGAUGCCUGCCUGCCAAAAAAGCCCGAACAGCCUUCUCCUGUCCCGUGGGAUCCAGAACCAGCUGAGGCACCUGUGGGAGAGAAGGUUGUCCGUCCAAAGAAAGAAAGUCGCACGUUUAAAAUGCCACUGAGCUCCUGGCCUGCCCAGGGCCAGAAAGAAAACGAGUACGAUGUUCUGGAAGGCUGCGCCCAUUGCCACAUCCUGCUUCCUCUGCCUGUGCUGAAGCAGCAUGAGGAGAAGUGCCGACGCUUGGCUUCUCAGAGCAAUGGAAGAUUCUGAAAUAGAGCAUUCCUGGUGGAUCUGGAAAAUUCCUGACCUGAAGGAGGAGGUCCUCUGAAGAUCCCCAUUGCUUUCUGCCUGCCUGCCUGGGCUUUGCUGUGUAUUAUCCAUUAGGCUUUUGUUUUUAAGAGAAAAGUCCUUACACAUAAAGGGUGAUACCAUAAGCAAAUUAA